CAAACAAUGGCCCCCAGGAACAGAGGGAAAGGGAAGAAAGGAGGGAAACAGAAGAAAAAGAAGAAUGUGGCAGAAAAUGAAGUGGAGGAGAAAUACAGGAAAGCAGCCCUGGAGGUCGACAUCCUGAAAGAGCACCUGGCCCUCCGGAGGGACGUGGCCAGGCAGGUGAAGGCUGACAGUGAAGGACUCAAGCAGAGGCAGCUGGAGCUGGAGCGGGAGCUGGAGAUGUCACGGGACGACAAGAAAGACAUUUACGAAGAGAUGAUCCGGCAGUACCAGGAGCUCCAGCGGUAGACAGAGACCCGCAUACAGCAACUGGAGACCGAGACGAAGCAGCUCCAGGAGCAGCUCGCAACUUGCCGUGAGGCUAUCCAGCAGGCCCGGGCGGAGAGAGAGCAGGUGCUGGGGGAGAAGGACCGGACCAUCACAGCGCUGCAGGGCAAAAUCGAUGCCAUGGAGACAGAGUAUGAAAAGAUCCUGCACGGCAGCCUAGACAGAGUCCUUUCCAAGCUGGCAGCCGCCCAGGGCUGCUGGGAGAAGGAAGCCACGGCCAUGCACAUGGAGCACAAGGAGAGACUGCGAGAGUUCGGGCUCAAUCCCCUGGAGAUCUAGGGCCCUGGUUUAUGCUAGGGAAAAGGGCCGUGUGGACACCCCACCCAAGCACUAACCCCCCAGCAGUGGCAGCUCUGAUGGGUUGCCUUGCAGGGCUAGCAGGUAUUCUCCUAACUGUGGGAAGGACCUGGAUCAAUAGCCCUGGAGACUGGUGUCCUCUUUCCCCAGGGCAGCUCUCUCAACACCAGGCCCAGCUCACCUUGGCCUGGGGCCCCCCAGCUAGCAGUGAGAGAACAGUUCAGUCUCCAUGCCCCCUUUGGUCCUUGGCUUCUCUGCUGAGAACGGCCCUUCCCGCUCUCCCUCCCCAUCCUGCUCCUUCCCAGAGAGUCCCACCAGGUUCACUGCUUCUCAGACCAGCUUAGGUAAUUUUUUAAAAUUGUUUUAAUUGUGUAAAAUGAGAAUAAGAGGAGGAAGUGGGAGCCAGCUCCUGUACAGCAGGAGGGAUGGACGGCAGCUGCGGGGUGGGGCUUGCAGAAGGGAAGGUUGCGGGGAGGGGGGGUCUAUGCGUGGCACAAUACAAGGGGCCAGAUCCUCAGCUAGCUGGGAACUUACACCAUGGGGGUCAGGCGCCAGGAAAAGGGAGUAACUGUUUGGGGCCCUGCCCCCUGCGUGCCAUGCAACUGCUGACCCCCCCUGCCAUUCCUGCCCCAGAUAAUUCUUGAUUCUUAACAGAGAGCCCGGUCCAUUGCACCCCUUCCUCCCAAGCCCAUGUGCCACAACCUCUCAGGAGGCAGGGUUUUACUGCCCCUAACCUCAGCGUCUCUCCAAACUAUGCAGCUGGGGAGGUUAACUUGUAAAAGCCACAAUUAGAACCCAAUGCAGCAACUUUACUAUCUCCAAACCUCCAUGCUUUGUUGCAGCACCCCCAGGUACAGCUCCUUGGCAGAGCCAGUGCUAUCAGCAAAAGGGGUGAAGAGACAAGAUUGUCCUUCCGUUACACAUGGUGCCACUGUGUCUGUUAAUAAAAAGUCGGUGUGAAGCCUAAGCCAGGUGGGUGAUUGGUUUCCCUUAGGUGCAGGCCCCUGAACCUCCUUAUUUCACUGACCUCACCUGUUCUGGUCCCUGCUCCCACACUGGGCCAGCCCUUAAUCUCUGAGACCAAUCACAGGAGAAGUGGCAGCUUUAAAGUCCCAAGAUCAGCUGAUUGGUGUAGCAGCUCACCAGAAAAUAAAAUCAAGGGAAGAAUCAAAGUGCAAGUUAUUGUGCGUGCAAAAUCGCAUGUCCAGGGCUGGUCUAGGCCAUGGUUUGUAGCCGCUCCAGAGCUGGGAUUGCGCUGAGCCCACAGGUCCAGCACAGAGUGGCUAGAAUGACUGGCUCCGUCCCUUCCAGUCCUCACACCGUGGCUCCUGCGUGGAACGGAGAAGGGUCAGUACCAGUCACUUACAUGGCCCUUCUGGAGACCCUGAGCAUAGGGGCUGUCCAAAGGGAGACAGGGGAAGCAGCAGAGAUCAGGGUUCCAGGUGACAUGUGGUACAGGGAAGAGGUUCUUAGAAUCAUAGCACCACCUGCACGGAGGCUUCUCCCGCUUUGUUCUCACCUGCACCAUCUCAGUUUGCAGGGGUGGGUCAAAUACAGUUUGGUUACUUCUCUGUCACCCCUGGGAUUCCCCCCAUCCAGAUAUGCCCCGCAUGUGACUUGGGGGCCAGAUAGCAAGACAGGGACUCUGAUCUCAAUCUAAUAACCAUGUAAAUCCAGAGCAACUGAAGAUAAUGGAGUGACUCUAGAUUUACACCAGGGGCUAGGAGCAAAUUCACUUGGUGUUCCUGGCCUGGGUUCUGCUCCCAUUUACAAUGGUGUAAGUUGGAGUAACUACACUAACACUGAAUGCAUCCGAUGAAGUGACCUGUAGCUCACGAAAGCUCGUGCUCAAAUAAAUGUGUUAGUCUCUCA